UAAAAAGUGAUGGAAACACGACUGUGUGUGUGUGUGUGUGUGUGUGUGUGUGUCACGUUAAUGCUGCAUUGUUCAAGGCUCUAAUUGGUCAUUUUGCCAGUUGUUUUGGCUCUCUAUCCUAUUGGACAUGUGUGAUUUAUCUGCGACUGGAAAUCACGUGGACUUUACCGAAAAGGUGCUGGUGUGUGUGUAUGUAUGUAUGUGCACGUGCGUGGUGACAGCCCAUGCGCGCGUUUGGUGUGUGUGUGUGUGUGUGUGUGUGUGUGUGUGGUGGGGGUUACUAGUGGUAGGAGGGUCAGUGGACUUCUGCAUAUUGUGCAAGAAGAGAGCAGGAAGCGGGGAGAAGGCACUCUUUCGACUGGAGGAUUACACAUAUAGUCUCUCUCUCUCACACACACACACACACACACACACACGUCCAACAUGCAUUUAACUCAUUUCGUGUGAUAUUUUUGUGGGCCGGAGCUGUGUCUGCAGGAGGCUGUGGAGACCUCUCACCAUGGCAGAAGGAGGCAGUGCGCUGAGCGAGGAGGAGGCCCCGGGUCCGUCCCGGGGCAGCGGAGUCUGCAAGUGGUUCAACAUGCGGAUGGGCUUCGGCUUCCUGUCCAUGAGCAGCAGGGACGGAGUUCCUCUGGAGGAGCCUCUCGACGUCUUCGUCCAUCAGAGCAAACUGCACAUGGAGGGCUUCCGCAGCCUCAGGGAAGGCGAGGCUGUGGAGUUCACCUUUAAGAAGUCAUCUAAAGGGCUGGAGUCUGUCCGAGUUACUGGGCCCAAUGGAGCACCAUGUCUGGGCAGUGAGAGAAGACCAAAGAGUGCCCAGAAACGACGCUCCAAGGGUGACAGAUGCUACAACUGUGGAGGCCCCGGCCAUCAUGCCAAAGAGUGUCAGCUGCCACCACAGCCGAAAAAGUGCCAUUUCUGCCAGAGUGUUUCCCACAUGGUGGCCAGCUGUCCGCUCAAAAUGCAGCAGCAGCAGCAGCAGCAGCAGCAGCAUUCGUCUCCAGGCUCUCAGGGAACCUCUCAGGCCUCACUCUCUGAAAACUUUUAGUGAAUGUGAGGUUUUUUUUCCACUGGAACACUGCAUACAAAACGCGCUACCUCGGGUUUUAUUUAUUGCGCAAAGUAGGAGUUAUGAUAUAUGACCACUUUGAAGAUUUUUCUUUUUUUUCCUCUCUGUGUUGUUUUUCACCCUUGGAUAAGUGUCUUAGCUUUGGAAGGAAACAAUCAGGCUUACUGUUGGUACAGCCGUGUCGUAGCCACAGGUAUAAAGUCGCUGUGUGGACUGAUCUGACGUGGUGUGUGUGCCUCCAUUAUCUGAGCCUUUUAACAAUAAGUUUAAUUCAAAACUUUUGUGGCUUUCAGUUGUAUGCAUGCAGGGUGUGUGAAAGUGUGUCUGAGUGGCCCCAGAAUGAUCUUGACUGAUGCAUUGGUUUGCAGGUACAGUAUGUCAUUAUGAUCUAUAAAAUCUGAAUGGGUGGUUAUAAUAGAUUUUAGUUGACACCAGGUGUUUUGACAUGUCAUAACAGGAAUGGAAUACAUGCAAUUAAUAACAUGCUGCAAUUUAUUUAGGUGUUGCUAUUUGUUUGUUGGCAUACCUUAUUGGAGACUGAUCCAUCAUUAUCUAUUGGUGUUAGUUUCACCUGUCCAUUUCCUGUUAUGAGAAAUGAAAAAAAUAAUGAAAUAUCAAAACGUCGACAAUAACUUAACAUCAUAGGCAUCAAGUAUUGCAGAUGAUUGCAGAUACGACCAGAUUGGAUUGCAUUAGAUUGGACAGAUGUAUCUAAUAAAGCAGCCAGUGAAUGUGCAUCACCACUCAUGCUAAAGAUUUUUUAAAACCAAAUGACAACAAUAAAGUAUCCAGUAUAUCAUAAACAACAGCAAAACGUAAUAAACUUUGUUAAUAUUUCUUGCUAGGCUUUAACUCUUUUUGAGACACUAUGAAUAAAACACUCUCUGUUACUUUCUUGACACAAAAAAAAAAAAGAAAAAAAAAAGAAAUACAGGUCAAUCAGUCAAACCCUUGUGUUUGCUUUCAGAGUGGAGGAUCACAACAAGACCUGACGAGAUUAUACCCUGAGGGAUCAAUCAGUGGUCAGUGACAGCACUAAUUAGAAGAGGGUCCCUGUGUGGAAAUACACAAAAGAGACAUACUGAGAGGUCAGGAAUAUACGUGUAGGGAAAAGUUGUCGUGAACAACAACUUUUCAAAUAUGACAUGUCGUGUGUAAUACCCGACUCCAUUCUCACAAAAUUCUGACUUAUUUGCUUGCAAAAUGACAACUUUAUUCUCCCAAUAUAAUCAUAUUUGCUGUUUUAUAAAAUUAUGACAAUGAUAAUUAAGCCUUUUUUUUAUAUGACUUGAUUCUAUAACAUUCCGUUUUUUUCCUCAGUCUUUAUUCUCAGAAGCAAACAGCCGUGUUAAUGAUCAAAAAUAACAUUGUUGUUAUGCUUUUUUAUUACUAAACUUGAACCAUGAGGUAAACAAUCCAACAUGUGAAUGUAAGUGGGGAAAAAAAAAGAAACAUAUCCUGGGCUGCCAGAUAGUUUGUUACAACUAUUUGUGUUUGUCUUUAUGGGAAAACAUUUUCAGGUUAAAAGUGAAUGUCAUAACAAUAAGUGCCAUAACCUCCACUUUCCAAAGAGGUUUAUGAGAGCUGCUUUCAGAUGGUAUAUUCCACUAAAAACAACAUUACUUCACCACACGUACUGUGAAAAGUAGUCCUACUUUUUCCAUUAGUGGUGAACUUUAUGUCUUAAUGACCAAGUUGUCAUUUUCUUAUUUGAACUUGUAUGCAAGACCAAUAUUGAUUGUAUGUCAGACUUUGUUGACGAAACAGUAUUAAUGUGAAGGGAAUGUUCACUCAUGUAUCAGGGACUUUUUCACCUAAACAAUAUUUACUCAGUUGUUGUACUUGAAAGCUGUAUCUGAAGCAGAAGGAAGGAGCUGAAAAUGUUUUAGGUUUUUGCCUUCACUCAUAUUGGUGAAGCUGCUAAAUGUAUAUAGAUAUGAUCUCUUUUAUAUUAACUAUUUAUUCAGAGUUGUUCUCCCUGAGGGGCAGACUGAACAUUUUUGUUAUUACAGUUUUUUUUUCAGAAAAAUCUUUGUACCUUUACCAACUCAGUACUACAAAGCACAACUUUUUUCUUUCUGACAAAUUCUGACAAUUCUAUUGUAAUUUAAUUUCCUACUGACAAUGUGGUUUUGCAAAUCUGCAGUGAAAAAGCACACCAGUGUUUAACAUGGAGUUUGUUUAGCGUCUUCAUUUUGAACUCAGGGAGAACUUUUUGACCCAGUUUCUUUUAUGAUGCAUUUUGAUGUUUAAGUUAUUUACUAUAUUGGAGUGCCCCAAGACAGACCAAGCUGCCAAAUGAGUCGUGCACAUCUUUAUGCCAUUCUGCCUCACAAAACAGUGCAGCAAGUACAUUACAAAACAGGACAAAAUUAGGCUAGCUGGAGCCAGUGUGUGCUUAGCCUUGCUUAGUGGGAAGCUUAGUGGUUAGCCUGGCUGUAUGGAAAAAAUAUUCUGAGCAUUAUUUUAAAAACUCAUUUAUUAUCACCUUUUAUCUUCUGGGGUGGGCUGGGCUGCUCACUGAGUAGGAAAGCUGAUUCAUUCAAAAACUCAGUCAUAAAAACAAUUAACCACAAUAUAAGCCCUGAAAUUCACUUAAA